GCUGCUUAUGCUUAUGCUACACGGAGCAGCUCGUAGGGGCGGAGUUUGCACCGGAUGUGUCGUCAUUAAUACCCGACGCAAGCGGAUGUACAAGCUUCUGAAAAGGAAAGUGUAAGGAACGGAGACACAAUGAACAGCCGCGGACUCCGAUCUCAGCUCAAAGACAGUGUGCCUGUGGCAGGACUGUGUCCACAGGGGGCCUAUGGGGUGCAGGACUCUCUGCGGAGCGGCUUCACAAGUAUAAAGAAUGAGCUUCUUCCAAGCCACCCACUGGAGCUGUCCGAAAAGAAUUUCCGGCUCAACCAGGACAAGAUGAAUUUCUCUACGCUCAGAAACAUCCAGGGUCUUCAUGCUCCGCUCAAGUUGCAGAUGGAGUACAGGGCAGCCAGACAGAUCCAGCGUCUGCCCUUCUUACCAAGCUCCAACUUGGCUCUCGACACCCUGCGAGGGAGUGAUGAAUCUAUCGGCUUCGAGGACAUCCUCUGUGAUCCGACCCAGAGUGAAGUGAUAGGGGAGCCUCACACGAUGGUCGAAUACAAACUUGGAUUGCUGUGAAAGCUGCCGUAUAUGGAAAAUACACACAAGCACACUCGUGUUUAGGUUACUUUCUGCAGAUACAUUUGAUAAUCCAUUCCAGAACAGAGGUUAUCCGCUCGGCUGCUGCAUAGCUGCACUGUGCUGAUGUAAAUUAAACAGGCAGCGAGUUAUAGCAGUCACACAAACUGGUUUUCAUGGCUCUUUUUUUUUGUUGUUUGAAUUUGGUUAAUAUUGCUAAUAAAUGACAUUAUUCCUCUUGA